AUGACCCUAGUUAGAACCAGGAGAAUGAGCUGGAGGAGGGCCUCUGCUCUAUUCCAUAAAGAAUUAGAGAAACUCAAGACAAAGAAGACAGAGGCCUUUGCCCAAGCCCCCUUUCGAGUAUCAAACUCCCCACGUUCUCCCCAGGGGGAAUAUGAGGACUUUAAAUUAGAAGCCUUUGGAAUAUACGAAUUCGACAAAGUCGACAAAGAAUCAAUAAAAAGAAAUCAUGGAGAGAAAAUACAACACAAGCUACUAGAUUAUGCAGUUGCCUUCAUUGAAAAAAAGUCAAAAGCAAACAUCAAAGGAAGUUUUGAACUAAUAAUAUUAGAAGAUAGUGGUGAAGAAAUUCGCUUAAUAUCAGGAGGAAAACAACAUAAAUUUCUCGCAACAUAUAACAGCAACGGAGAACCACAGAUAAGACGUUUUGUUGGUGCAGCAGAAUUAAAGCCAGACAGAAAACCUUUUAAAACAUGGCCUUUUCAAGAGAAACACACAGUGACACCAUUAAAAAUUAUGACAGAGAUACUGAAAAACGAAGAAAAACAGGCUGCCAUCGGAUUGUUGUGUAUGCGUAUCGCAAAAUUUCUAGAAAGGAGUGAAAAGAAGGAUAUAACAUGCAACACAGAAAUCGCUUUUUAUGACGAUGCUGGCAAGUUAUACACAAUAUCUGCAGGAAAGAUAGAGAACAAUAUUCUAGCUACAUUUGACAGCAAGGGAAAUCCUAUCAUUGUUCAGUUUAAAGGCGAAGAAUAUUCAUUUGCACCAUCGUGUAACGAUUUCAUUUACCAGUGCGACAGAAUCAAUAAAGUAUCAGUCGGACAUAUGAUUGUCAAAGUUUGUGGAAAUGAAGCCAUGACAAAUGACGACAAUACGGCAAAAGCAAGGAAAUUAUUUCAAGGCUUUAUCACCUAUCUAGAAAAAGAAGAAAAAAUCGACUGGAAAAAUGCUGAAAUAACAACUUAUGACAAAAACUACGAUGCGUGGAAGAUGAGAUCCGGAAAAGGACAUAAUAAGUUUGUUCUAAAUGUAGAUGGUAAAGGCGAAUUUUUCAUAGCAAAAGAGUAAAUUAAAACAAUGUGAGUAUUUACAACAGACUGUCAAAAGGGACAAUGAAAUUAACUUUGAACUUUAAAGAUAAUGUAUAUAUUACAUUUGAGUUGGUAUAUAUAACAAUACCAUGUAACUCUAAAUAUUUUGAAAAUGUAUUUUGGCACCCUCUGAGUCACUAUUUGUGUAACAUAAAAAAAUAAAAUGUAGUUUUAUUUU